UAAUUGCUCCUUAGAUCUUCUUCUGGUCUUCAAUUUGCAAAUGUUGUAAUUGCUGUCUAUUUUUAUUGGGCUUUUUUUCCUUUUUUAAGUUAUUGCAAAUGCAAUAACUUAAAGAAAUUUCGAAAUCAAGGUGGGAGACAAGGAAGAACUCUUACAUGUGAGUGAUUCAGAUUUCAGAAUUUGUUGGGUUUUUUUUUUAACUUGUCUUUUUCAUGUUCAAAUCAGGGAACGGUGAAAAGGAAACGGGAAUAUUUUAAUCUGCUGGUUUUGUUGAAAUUUGGGAACGGCUGCCCAUUUACGUGGGUUGAACCAGACGGUUGCUUUUUGAGGUCGUGAAGGAAAAGCUUGAAAAAAAGAAAAAACGAGAGGGUUUGUAGAUCUAAUUAAACCAUCGAAAGGAUACCAACAUUCUACCAUACUCCUUCAAUCUCAACCUCUUUUUGCUUCUUUUGCUUAAUCUCUCAUUGAUUUUCCUUGAUUGGUGUGAUUUCUUUUGUCAUAUCCUCUUUGUUCUUUCUCUCUUUAUAAAUUUCCAAUAUCCGAGAUGGUAUUUAGCUUGAAGUGGGAUUGUUAUUAACUUGUGGAGGAAAUAGGGAUCUGGGUUUGCAAUAAGAUCGGCUGAUUUCGCCGACAUUCUCGUUCCUUGAGGUUUUUUGUUCUGAAAUCGCAUCUGGGUAUGAGCGAUUCUUUGAUUUUGAUUUGAAUAAUCAUCUGGAUUCUUUGAUUUUGGUGUUCGUUAAAGGAAAUGAUGGCUGGGAAUGGGCUGUUCUACCCGAUUCUUGGAUUUGCAUCUUGUUUGGCUUUCAUUUACAUGUCGUUUGGGAACUGGAGGAUUGAGGAUACUAAGCCCCUUAAAAUGGACUUUGUGGAGAGAAGUGGAACGCAGUUCAUGGUGAAUGGGAAGGCGUUUUAUAUCAAUGGAUGGAAUUCUUACUGGUUUAUGGACCAUGCCGUUGAGGAAUAUAGGAAGCCCAGAGUUAGAGCGAUGCUGCAGGCGGCGAGGAAGAUGGGGCUUACAGUUUGCCGGACUUGGGCUUUCAACGACGGUGGUUAUAAUGCCCUUCAGGUUUCUCCCGGCAGGUUUAAUGAACGUGUCUUUAAGGCUUUGGAUCAUGUCAUUGCAGAAGCAAGACAACAUGGGAUUAGGCUUCUUCUUAGCUUAGUCGACAACUUGCAGGCCUAUGGUGGAAAGACACAGUAUGUGAAGUGGGCAUGGCAAGAGGGUGUUGGUUUAAGCUCUUCCAAUGAUUCCUUCUUCUAUGAUCCAUCGAUACGCAUUUACUUUAAGAACUAUAUUAAGACUAUCCUGACAAGAAAGAACUCUAUCACUGGAAUUCAAUAUAGAGAUGAUCCCACCAUCUUUGGAUGGGAAUUGAUGAACGAGCCACGUUGCAUGACCGAUGCUUCGGGCGAUACUCUUCAAGAUUGGAUUGAAGAAAUGUCAGCUUACAUUAAAUCAAUCGACAAGAAGCAUCUACUAACGGUCGGGUUGGAAGGAUUUUAUGGUCCAAAUAGCCUCAAGAGGUCUACUGUGAACCCUGAAGAGUGGGCGUCGAGACUUGGAUCUGAUUUCAUCCGCAAUUCUGCGGUCCCAUACGUCGAUUUUGCCUCUGUUCAUAUCUACCCUGACCAUUGGUUCCAUGAUCAAGAUUUCGAAGAUGAAAUGAGAUUUGUCUCCAAGUGGAUGAUCUCUCAUAUUGAUGAUGGUGACAAAGUACUUAAGAAGCCAGUCAUGUUUACUGAAUUUGGACUGUCAAACCUGAACAAGGGCUUCACGCCAGAGCAGCGAGAUAGAUUUUACAAAACUGUUUACGACGUGAUUUACAAAGCUGCUAAGAGGAACCGGUCGGGAGCUGGCUCCUUAGCAUGGCAGUUCCUAGUCGAAGGAAUGGACGAGAGUAACGAUGAUUUUGGGAUUGUCCCGUGGGAAAGACGAUCGAUACAUAGGCUUAUUAUAGAGCAAUCAUGCAGGUUGGCAAGAGUUGGGGGAGACACCCUACAACUAAGAGAAUUGAAAUAUGUGUGUGGUGGGAGAUGGUGAUAUGAGUCUAUCUGAUUUGAGAGAAUUCAAUUUGUUGCUGCCAUAUUUUGUCCCUCUACACUUUGCUUCUUCUGUUGAUACAUAUUCAAAAUAGAUUAGUUAGCUUAACCUACAGUAUUGAAUUUCAAACCAGACUAUACAUGAACUGGUACCUGUAAUGCUUUUUUGAGCAAAAAUAUAAGUCAUACCUAUUUGCCUUUCAA